CCGGUGGCUGGCAGGCGGCCCGCAGCUGGCGAGGGAGGGCCGGCAAUCAAGAGCCCGAGCCGCUACAAGCCCCGGGGGCUGCGGGAACGCUCUCGGCGCUGCUUGGGGCGCUGUGGCUCCGCCGGGCUGCCCGGCCUAGUGGGUCUCCCCUCCCGCCCUGCCAGGCCGCCAUGGUGUCGUGCGGGGCUCUCCACAGCUUUCUCUUCGAGUACGACACCCCCCGCAUCGUCCUGAUCCGGAGCCGCAAAGUGGGGCUUAUGAACCGCGCGGUGCAGCUCGCCAUCCUCGCCUACGUGAUCGGGUGGGUGUUUGUGUGGGAGAAGGGCUACCAGGAAACAGACUCUGUGGUCAGUUCCGUAACCACAAAGGUGAAAGGAGUAGCGGUGACAAACACAUCCGCCUUGGGAACCAGGAUCUGGGACGUGGCUGACUACGUCAUCCCCCCUCAGGAGGAGAACAGCGUGUUUGUCAUGACCAACGUGAUACUCACACUAAAUCAGCGCCAAGGCCACUGCCCAGCGCUUCCAGAAGGUAAAACAGUGUGCAAGGUGAAGAACGACUGUGUUCCAGGAUAUGUCAGCAUCCACAGCAGUGGCAUCCAGACUGGGGAGUGUGUACCCUACAACAGCAGCAUUAAGACCUGUGAAGUCUUUGCGUGGUGUCCUGUGGAGGAUGACAGUCAUAUACCCAAGCCAGCAUUCCUGAAAGAAGCUGAGAACUUCACCAUUCUGGUGAAGAACAACAUUUGGUACCCCAAGUUCAGCUUCAGCAAGCGAAACAUCCUCCCUGAUAUCAACUCCACCUACCUCAAGAACUGCAUCUAUGACUCUGAGACAGAUCCCUUCUGCCCUAUCUUUCGUUUAGGGAAAAUAGUUCAAGCUGCAGGGCAGGACUUCCAGGAAAUGGCUGUGGAGGGUGGAGUCAUGGCACUGCAGAUCAACUGGGACUGCAACCUUGACAGAGCUGCUUCCUACUGUGUGCCAAAGUACUCCUUCCGGCGCCUCGACAACAAGGACUCUGCCCACAAUGUCUCUCCUGGCUACAACUUCAGGUUUGCGAAAUACUACAAGGAUAGUAACGGCACCGAAUCACGGACUCUUGUCAAAGCUUAUGGCAUCCGCUUUGAUAUCCUAGUGUUUGGAAAGGCAGGAAAAUUUGAUGUAAUUCCUACCAUGAUUAACAUUGGCUCUGGCUUAGCGCUGUUUGGCGUGGCAACAGUGCUGUGUGACAUUGUGGUUCUCUAUUUUAUGAAUAAGAAAUACUACUAUCGGGAGAAGAAAUACAAAUAUGUGGAGGAUUACGACCUGGGAGUCGAUGAGACAUACGGAACAAACUCCUGACCUCCUGCUGCUACAGCACCAGCUGCUGCUGUGGACAAUUCUCUGACCCUGCCAUGAGACCCACCCCCUCUUUGUUGGAAGGAAGAGAGAAACAAACCUGAGAAAGGGACCUUCUUCACUACUGCUCACUGCCUUGGCUGGAGCCAACCCCAGAGAGAAGAACCAGGUCUGCUCCCUGUCUGCUGUCAUUCCAGGUUAAUUGCACUAAACACACAGGGAGAACUGUGCUUUUAUGCCAGGCCUCUGCACUGGGUAAGCCUGGGACAGAGACUGCUCCAACAUUAUCAUUUGACAGUCCUUUCCCUGAGCUCACCAGGAGCAGAGAGCACAGGGUAACAGGCCCAGAUUCUUCCUUACAGUGAACAUGGCCCCUGCCAGGUGUUGUCUAACCUUGGGAGAGCAGCUCCUUGCUGUUGUUAAAUCACUUUUCCUUGCCCUUAAGGAUUGUGAUGCUUAGCUGAGCCUGUGCCUACUAUUUAAUUGUGUCUCCAAGCUCCAGUAGCCACCGACGGAGACAAAGCAGUUGUCCAAUUUUUACGGUACUACUUUAAAAUUUACUUUAAUAAAAUAUUACUCUCUCUUA